AUGGCACUCACCGCCCUGCCUCUGACGUACGGCAAGGUUAGAGGCCCCGGUUGCACCGAUGACGAUACUAUUUGGAUCUUCGGCACCGAGUCAAACCUUUGUUUCUGGCGAUCAAUUAUCAUGUCCAGCUUGGGAAAGACUUUGUAUCCAUAUUGCCUUUGGAUCAAGACUCUGGACAUCCUGGAUCUCCAACCCCUACUCCUGGAUCUCCAAUCCCUACUCCUGGAUCUCCAAUCCCUACUCCUGGAACUUCUCAAGGUCCCGGAUCUGCGACAAAAGUUCUAUAGCCCUCCACUCGAUUAUCUGGACGUGCUUGACAAAUCAAAUGCCACCGAUUCAGUCGACAAGCCCGGCUCGAAAGCCCUUCUCUUUGAGGUUACGAACGAGGUUACAAAGUAUAUCAAGAGCGUGGCUGAUCAGGGACACGGCUCUGCCAAACUCUUCUGUCUUCAAGAUCCGCACCUCGGCUACUCCACCAGCUCUGUUUACUUUCCUGUCUGGGCCUCGAGACUCGCCAGCUUGACAACCUUGCAUGUCGUUGACGGAAGUUGUGUAGGGGAUCACAUAGCGCUGAGUCUUGCUGAGAACCGUCCUGCAUUCAAACAUUUGUAUGUAUAUCAGACUCCCUUAGGUGGCUGCUCUUCAUCUAGGACGCAGAGACGGGGUGUCAACCUGGGCCCAAGCCCUGUGCUGCUGAAUACCGAUCAUUCACCUGGCUUACAUGCUAAUGCCAUCGUUAAUGAAGCGGAUUCGAAAGGCUAUCGGCCGGUGGGGAAGGCAAAGUGGUCAGGUUUUGCGAACAACUUCAUCCUAACACACUAG